AAGUGUGAGGAGCUACGCUCGCGCUACGCAGCUGGGCCACAGGGAGGCUGGGAGCUGCAGUGUGAUUCGGACAGGAGCCGAAUACGGGAUUCGGGAACAGCCGGUUUAAAGGAACGCGUCGAGAUUUACACACAAAAAAUAAUAAAGGCUUCACUCGCUAUGGAAGCACUAGUUGAACGACUGGAACAGGCUGUGAUUCGGCUCGAGACGUUUUCAGCCAAGCUUCAGGGUUGCUCUGGGAGCCUGUCCAACGGCGAGAUAAACACAUUUAAUGGUGAAUCCCAGUGCAUGGAGGCGUUUGACCAUUUACUGAGAGGCCCUCUGUCUGAAUACUUGAAGAACAGCCGGACUAUUGGAGGAGAUGUGUCAAAACACGCUGAUAUGGUACACAAUGCCCUGCAGGAACAGAAGGCUUUCCUCAAACUGGCCACCACACACCAGGAGCCUGCAGAGACAGAGCUGGCAGACCUCCUCAGGCCCAUCUCCGAGCAAAUCGAGCAGAUCCAGACCUUCAGAGAGAAGAACCGUGGCAGUCGUCUGUUUAACCACCUGUCUGCUGUCAGCGAGAGCAUUCCUGCCCUGGGAUGGGUGGCAGUGAAUCAGAAACCAGGGCCUUAUGUGAAGGAGAUGAACGAUGCUGCGAUGUUCUACACCAACAGAGUCCUGAAAGACUACAAAGACACUGACCCUUGCCAUGUGGAGUGGGUUCGAUCCUACCUGAGUAUCUGGACUGAAAUGCAGGCCUUUAUUAAACAGUACUACACCACUGGACUCGUCUGGAGCAAGACUGGUCCUGUAGCUCCUUCAUCCCUGUUCACAGCUGAACCUGCUACUCCCUGCCCUCCUCCUCCUCCUCCUCCUCCUCCUCCACCUCCGUUCACAGACGAAGAUCCAAAGCUUGACAACGGUGCGGCUCAGCGUUCAGCUCUGUUCACCCAGCUCAACCAGGGAGAGGCCAUUACUAAAGGAUUGAAGCAUGUGUGUGAUGAGCAGAAGACCCAUAAGAACCCUGCUCUUCGCUCUCAGGGUGGGACAAGCCAGGCUUCUCCUACGAAAGGCAGAGCUCCCAGCUCUUCUACUCCCACACCAGCUAAGAAAAGAUCUCCUGUCCUGGAGCUGGAGGGGAAGAAAUGGAGGGUGGAGCAUCAGGAACAGGUGCAUGAUCUGGUAAUAGAGGAAACAGAGCUGAAACAGGUGGUCUAUAUCUUCAGCUGCAGCAACUCCACACUUCAGAUUAAAGGCAAAGUCAACUCCAUCAUAGUGGACAACUGCAAGAAGCUUGGCCUUGUGUUUGAGAAUGUGGUUGGCAUUUUUGAAAUCAUCAACUCCAGAGACAUCCAGCUCCAGGUGUUGGGAAAAGUGCCCACCAUUUCCAUCAACAAGACCGAGGGAUGCCAGGUCUACCUGAGUAAGGAGUCUCUCAACUGUGAAAUUAUCAGUGCCAAGAGUUCAGAAAUGAACAUUCUGGUUCCUCAGGAAGAUGAUGAUUAUAGAGAGUUUCCUGUGCCGGAGCAGUUUAAGACCGUUUGGGACGGGUCCAAGCUGGUGACAGAGCCGACUGAGAUGGCUGGCUGAUUGACAGCUUCAUUUUCAUUUCCACAUCUCUGCUGGUUACUAAUACCUGUAUCUCUCACUGUACUCUUAGCACACAACCUUUUAGACCCAGAUUCGUCUUGUACUUGAAUGAUAGUUAGUGACAAUUCUGCAUUAAAAAGGCUAUUUAGUGUAAGAAUAAACCAAUCUAGUCUACAUGCUAGAAAUUUAAACACAAUCAUGAUAAAGGUUCAGAUUUAACCACAAUAAUAAACAAUAGCUGUGGUGUGUUUUUUUUUUUUUUUUUUUUUUAACCUUUUCCUUUUACCAUUGUCAAGAUUUUGUAAUGAUAAAUUUGAUUAACCUAGUUCAAGACAUCUUCCCAGACUAAAAGUCAAGAUCUAUUCAGAUUAUUCUAGAAAUACACUCCAUGGUGAUAAUGAAGAAAAACUAUUUGUUAGAAAGGCACUUUCAUGCAUCAGUCCUCUCCAUUGUGCUUCUCUGCUACAUGCAUUUCUAAACCCGUUUUCCGUUUUAAUAAGAAGCGUGAGAUUUUAAAGUGCACCUAUUAUGGUUUUUCCGAUAUUCCCUUUCAUGUAGUGUGUUCUAGAGCUGUUGGUGAAUGUAAAAACAUCUGCAAAGUUUCACAAAUCAAAGCGCACGACAAACGGAGUUAUUGACUCCCAAAAGAAGGAACCGAUUCUGAUUCCAGACGUUACUUCCUGCACAAACCUAUGAAGGUUUGUAACAAAAAGCCCCGCCUCUGAUCUUCAUUGCCCGCUCCGAUCACAACAGACUGGGACGUCUGACCAAUCAGAUCAGAGUAUGCUCUCUGAAAGGAAGAGUUUAGAACGAAUCCUUUAGAACGAAUCAUUUAACGAGUCGUUUGUGACACUGGGAGGAAAAAGUAAAUGCUGCAAGUUUAAUUACGAGCACACGUAAGUGUUUUCCGACCUCGGAUGCAUGUAAAUCUAUCGUAUGAGACGUUUAAAACAAAAUUGGGCACGUUUCAAAACCCUAAUAGGUGCGCAGUAAAUCUCAAGACUUUUUUUCGACUCAGAUUGAGACCAGGGUAAGAAAUAAGACGGAAUGUAAACUGAGAAACUGGCACUUUGUGUGCAAAUGUGUGCCUCAAGGAUGACUUUUUUUUUUUAUAUAUAUAUCUGUUUUUUUAAUUUAGUGAUUUUGUUAUGUAUAAUCUACCAUGUAUUUUGUUUAUUUUUAGGCAUCGGCCAGCACAGUGUGUUUCAUACAACGGUAUGCUGUAUAAUGUAUAAUGUUAACCUGUGCCAUCAUGGUCAUACACUGAAAUAACAUAUACCAACCAUGUAAUAACCAACACUACAUAAUAUAUAUAUAUAUAUAUAGAAUAUGAGUAAACUCCAGUAGCUCAGCUCACCGCAGAUAUUUUUCUCUUGUUGAUAUUGUCUGCAUAUUGUUUAUCCCCCUGUCUUCCUGUGUGAAGUACAGCGUUUAAGAGUCCUCGAAGGUUUACAUUUAUUUCUUUGGCCGACACUUUCAUCCAUAGCGACGUAUACAAUCCGCACACACAGUUGAGCAGUUGAGGAUAAAAGCACAACAGAGGAUCUCUAACCGUCUGGGGAUUUCAACUCGUAUUAAGGGUCACAAAGUGACGUUAAUUAUAUUACCUCUUGAUUUCAACAGGAAAGUUUUGGAAAGUCCUAUAUGGCUAUUGGAAGAAAUCUUAGUAGCACACAGUAUUUUAAAGCCACAUCAUUUUUUUUUUAAAAAAAGAUUGUUUUUCUUUGUUAAUAGGGGCAUUCCAUCUUCGUCUUGUAUUGUAUCUGAAAUCCUCCAUGAUCAUUAUUUUCAAAUGAUGAUCCCCCAUGUUUUCCUCAUAAUAAGCUGAUAGUGUAUACAGCAGACUGUCAUUUACAAUCACAAUACAUAAACACACCCAAGAGGUUUGUUUAAAAGAAAAAACUAAGGGAAAUCAUUUUGUCUUCACCAGUAUGAAUGUAGCGUUCUUUUAGGCGUGGAUUACCGAACCUGUAGAACUUUUACUGCUCAGCUUUAAUAAGGGAAAUGUACACAACCGUAUGUCACAACCUAAGUGUACUAGUUAUAAACAACUAAUCUGAAACAUAUUAUGUAUGUUAUGGUAUAAUCACCACUCUGAUAAACUCUAGUGUUCAGAGAAAGAACAACGUAUAUUUUCACACUAGCCGUACAAAUAAAACCUAACAGAUCUCUGAAA